AUGUUUCGCCAAUCAGUUAUUAGAUCAAUUAGACCAAUUGCACACAGACCAGUUGUCAUCUCAAGAAACUACGGUAUCGUCGAUGCUGCUACCCAAGCUGUGUUUGGAAAGAAAGGUUUAGAAGAAAAGAAGCGCAAGGAAGGCGAAUUGGAAAACAAAGCUCAAGAUAUCAACUUGGACGGUGGAAGAAAAGCCGCCAGCAAAUUGGAUGAUGCACAGGAUGCAGCUCAAGAUGCUAAAGAAACUGCCAAAUCAAACCUCGAAGACGCCAAAGAUGGUGCACAAUCUACAUUUCAAAGUGCCGCUGAAACCGUCAAGUCUGCUGCUGAUACCGUCAACAAAAAGACUGGCAAAGUCUUAGCUGACACCAUUGACAGUGCUCAAAAGACUGUUAACCCGUCUGAUCUUGCAGACAAGGCUAAAUCAGCCGCUGAUUCAGUAAACAAGAAGACGGGAGAAGUUCUCGCUGAUGGAGUCGAAGUUGGAGAGAAAGUUCUUGGCAACACCAAGGAAGUUGCUGAAACAGCAAACAAAAAGACUGGCAAUGUGCUUGCUGACGGUGUUGAAAAGGGAGAAGAAUUGGCAAACAAGGCCAAGGAGACUGUGGAUGAUGUCACUGACGGUGCAAACAAGCAUCAAGCUAGAAAAGAGGUCAAGGAGAAUACCAAGGGUUACGAAAAUUUGCAGCACAAGGGCAGCAAUGUCGAGCGCGAGCAACAACGUCCAGAUGAUGGUGUGUAA